CUAAUUGUUUUUGACGAGGACGAGGAAUACGCGAGGAAAAGUAAGAAAAUCGCAGAGUAGCGCGAGAAAAACAGGAAAAGUGCAAAACGGAAAAGCGCGGCCACAAAGUCAAACCACAGCGCGGCAUUUUCACAGAGUUUGCAUUCAAUUCAGACGCGCAGCGAACGUGCCUUUCCACGAACACGGAUCAGGUUAUUUUGACCAAAUGUGGUAAAAAUAGCAGACAGCAGAAGCAGAGAAGCAGCAGCCACUGCCGCCGCCGCCGCGCCGUCGUCGUCGUCGCCGACUCCCAAACUCCAGAAAAGCCCACAAAUUCGCAUCCAAAUCCAAAUCCCCCUCCCUCCUUCGCCACAAACGCACGCACACAAGCACACGGUCACACGCACACUGAUAUCCGUGCAAUAGCAAGGGGGAAAAUCUUUGCGGAAAAGUGCAACAACAACAACACACACACACACACGUAGAACCGAAGAGAGACCGCAGCCGCAAUGUCACGACCACGUCCGCGCCCCCAACCCAUCAGUAUCCACCGCGAGCCGGAACAAGCUCUUGUCCCGCCACGGAACUUGGACUCACGCGCCACCAUCCAGAUCGGCGACCAGACCUUCGACAUAGAUGCCGACAGCCUGGAGCGAAUCUGUGAUCUGGGACGGGGCGCCUAUGGCAUUGUGGAGAAGAUGCGCCAUCGCCAGACGGACACAGUGCUGGCGGUGAAGCGUAUACCGAUGACCGUCAACAUACGGGAGCAGCAUCGUCUGGUCAUGGACCUGGACAUAUCGAUGCGCUCCAGCGACUGCCCCUACACGGUGCACUUCUAUGGGGCGAUGUAUCGCGAGGGCGAUGUCUGGAUUUGCAUGGAGGUGAUGAGCACCAGCCUGGACAAAUUCUAUCCGAAGGUCUUCAAGCAUGAACUGCGCAUGGAGGAGAGUGUGCUGGGAAAGAUUGCAAUGAGCGUGGUCAGUGCUCUCCAUUAUUUGCACGCCCAACUGAAGGUCAUCCACAGGGAUGUGAAGCCAUCGAACAUACUGAUCAAUCGCGCCGGCCAGGUGAAGAUCUGUGACUUUGGCAUCUCUGGCUAUCUGGUGGACUCCAUUGCCAAGACCAUUGAUGCCGGCUGCAAGCCGUACAUGGCACCCGAACGCAUCGAUCCACAAGGUAAUCCAGCACAGUACGACAUACGCUCCGACGUGUGGUCGCUGGGCAUAAGCAUGAUUGAAAUGGCCACCGGCCGCUAUCCGUACGACAAUUGGCGGACGCCUUUCGAGCAAUUGCGACAGGUGGUUGAGGAUGAUCCACCCAGGCUGCCGGCGGGUACAUUCUCGCCUGAAUUCGAAGACUUCAUUGCCACCAGCCUGCAGAAGGAGUAUAUGGCGAGGCCCAACUACGAGCAGCUGCUGAAGCACAGCUUCAUUGUCGAGCAUCUGCAGCGCAAUACGGACAUUUCUGAGUUUGUUGCCAGGAUACUGGAUUUGCCCGACGAGCAGCAGCAGCAGCAACUGAAGCCGCAGAAGUAGAAGCCCCCACAUACCCGCAGUAGAGUCUCUUCCCGUGUAAAUUGCCGCCGUCUUCUUUCUAGCAUGCAUUUCGUACAUGUGUGUGUGUGUGUAUGCGUGUGUUUUGUGUGUUUUGUGUGUUUGUGUGUGUGUGUGUUGUGUGUGCGUGUUGUGUCUCUGGAACUACAAAGAAACGAAAAAUCAAAACAAAAAAAUGAAAAGCAGAAAAGCAAAAACCAGCAGCCCACAUGGAAAACAUUAUAUAAUUCUAGUUUGUAAGUGAAAACCAAAAGCAAAAGCAAACGAGCAGAAGCCGAAGCCGAAACGACGACGAAAUACUUUACGGGCCGUCCUAGCCGCCCCGCCCACCCACAUACCGCCCGCUCUACGCUCCAACAAUGCCUAUUUAGCACUACGCUCAAAGCCAAACCGUGCCUCCCGUCAGCUGUCAGCUACCAGCUAUCAGGCGCUGUUAGUUAGUUAGUUGCUGUUGCUGCUAAAUCUAUAUCUUAUAUGUAUAUGUAUACACCACACUAUAUAUUAAUCAAUUUGUACUACUACUAAGAGUUAUCCAAAAGAAAGUGAAAGCAAGAGAGAGAGAGAGAGCCAUGGAAAACUUUCAGGGAGUAAAGUGGGAGUGGGACUGGAACUGGAACUGGGAGGAUUGCGAGUGCAGACGUAAUAAUGGUAGUUGUCUAACAUAUAAGCCAUACGCGGAUUAUAGCUAAUUAAUGUUUAAACAUCUCCUGUAAUUACUUGUUGAUUUUUUUAAUAAUGUAUAACGAUAACGAUCUAAAUGUACAAGAGAGUGAGAGUGUGUGAGAGAAGAGAGCGCGCGCAGAGCGGCAAGAAUUCAAUUAAUUCGAGAUGUACGAUGUACGAUAUACAAUGUAUGCCCUGCCCCAUGCCCCAUGCCCCAGCAAUCAAUCAAUCAAGCAAUUAAUUAACAUUUACAUUUACAUUUACCUUAACAACGAAUGCGCUGGCUCUAAAACAAUCAAUUGUAUUACUGGCUCUGAAUGGUUCCUCCCUUGGAGAUAACCUACAAAUAAAAUUGUGCUAGGAAGCCAGCUUCGGCAUGCCGAAGCCGAUGUCUCUAUAAA